CGGCAAGGGGCGAGAAAGGAGUGAUCUCGUUGCUGACAAGCGCAAAAAAAGUUAAAAAAGAAGGUUGGGGAAUUUUCAGGACGACCGCGGGACUGUAGUGAGAGGCUUGCUCGGCCUCUUACGCCUGGCACGUUGUGAAUUUGCAGUUUCAUGUUCAACUGGCAACAAUGCAUACUGCAAAGCCCAGGAUGGUGGUCCCAUAUGGCCUCAAGACUCUACUUGAAGGAGUGAGCAGAGCAGUUCUCAAAGCUAGUCCCUCCAACAUCACCGAGUUUGCUGCUGAGUAUUUCAAAGAACUGAUAGUUUUUCGAGAAGAACAUCCUAAUUUAGAUAUCAAAGAACUGGUGAGAGAAUUUCAUGUGACAAGAGUGGAGGGAUGGGCAGAAGGACCAGGAGCAGCAACACAGAUGCCCCGUUCUAAAAGGGCAGAUGUUGGAGAUGCAUUUCGGUCAGAUCUUGACACGAUUCCAAUUCAUGAUGAACCCAAACGGAAGGAGAAAUCGACUGACACAGAAGAGGAUCAGAUAAGCGAAGAGUCUCGUGAACUGAGCACCAAAACUACCCAAUUCCCAUCUAUUGUUGACGAAUUUGUAGAAAAGGUUGGGGACGACAAGGGAGCAGGACUCGCUUAUAUCCCAGCCGAUCCAGCUCAGCUAGCAUCGCAAAUGUUAGGUAACGUUGAAACGAUGGGUACUGAACCUGAGUUGAAGGAUGUGGCCAUCUCUGUGCAGACCCUUCCUACGUUGUCCCACACUGCCAGCGAGGCAAUGGCCGCGAUUGCAGUUGGCCAACUAGCUGCUCCGGAACCUGCUCCGGAACUUGCCUCAGAGCCUGCCCCUGAGCUUGCCCCUGAGCCUGCCCCAGCAGAAGCAGAACCUGCUGAAGAAGAAGCACCUGCCCCAGCAGAAGCAGAGCCUGCGGAAGCAGGACCUGCUGAGGCAGCAGCAGAACCUGCUGAGGCAGAAGCAGAACCUGCUGAGGCAGAAGCAGAACCAGAACCUGCUGAGGCAGAAGCAGAACUUGCUGAGGCAGAAACAGAACCUGCUGAGGCAGAAACAGAACCUGCCCCAGAGGAAGCAGAACCUGCCCCAGAGGAAGCAGAACCUGCCCCAGAGGAACCAGAGCCUGCCCCAGAGGAAGUAGAACCUGCCCCAGAGGAAGUGGAACCUGCCCCAGAGGAAGGGGAAGCUGCCCCAGAGGAAGCAGAAAACAGAACUUCUGCACCUUCUCUCAGGGCUGGAUCAAUCAGUCAAAGUCAGAGCUCCGGCCAGGAGGAAAUAGCUAUCUCGGGCAGCCUGGCGGAGCAGCCACCUGCUGACCUAGUAGAACAAGCUUCCUCAGAUCCCUUGCAGGAAGGAGAGCCACCCCCGCCGCUACCACCACCGCCUCCUGAUAAAGACCUGUUUCAGGCAGAGGGUUGCCCAAGUGAAAUUGAGCUCACAUCAGACAUAUACAUCGCACCUGCGGGUGAUGAUGACCCCAGCGCUGGUGGAGAGCCUGUACCACCACCUUAUGUAGAGCAGUUUCCACAGCAGAUAGUCAUUCCUUUCGUAGAUACAGUAGCCUGUCUCUUAGAUCCACUAACGGCUUCACUAAAUUCAGGCCAGUUUACUAGUAUUCUAGAUCCAUCUGCAGAUGAUGCAGAAUGUGACCCUGACAGAAUGGAUACUACAGAGCAACUGAAAUCAACUGACCCAGGUUUUAUUAUGUCAGUUGCCAUACCUCUGGAAGAUGUGAUGAAUGGGAAGAAUGGCACAGGAGCUGGGGAUAAAGCAGCUUUUGCAGGCAGUUAUGGUAUAGCAGGAGAGAUCACAUUUACAACUGCCUCUGUACGCAGGACAGAAUAGCAAAACGAUUGAGAAGAGGUGCUGUCCAACAUUUCACCCCAGAACGGAAAGCUGCAUCUUUAAUUUAAAAUUGAUUAACUAGUACAAGCAAUAAAGCAGUACAAGGAAUCUGAAUCUAAAGACAUUUUUUCCCUAUGGCUUAAGACCGGUAGCCAAGUAGCAUAAAACUAAAACCAGGAGUUUCCUUAUGUUGAUUUCCUGUACAAACUGAAAAUUUAAAAAUGAUUCCUAGUAAAAAUGUGGAAACUUUUACUUCAGCCACCUUCAGCAGAAAUAUAUUAUUAGACUAUUUAUUAGAUUUGUGGAAUGUUUUAAAGCCUUAUUUGUAUAAUUUAUCAGUAAGACGAGAGACAGAUCUACAUACUUUGAAGUAGCAAAAUAGAAAAGAGUGUUAUGAGAAUGAGGAAAAAA